AUAAACCCAGAGAAGACAAAAUUUGUGGUGGUUGGCUCAGCACAACUUAUUAAGAGGUUACCUCAUAUCUCCUUAUCCCAGUUGGGCAAAACUAUUUCACCAGUGUCAGUUGCUAAGGAUCUCGGGGUAUACAUUGAUCAAUAUCUUACCUACGAUUUACAUGUUACUAAAACAGUCUCUAGCUGCAUGAACCAGUUGGUACAGAUAGGUAGAAUUAAACAUCUUUUGGAUAGGAAAACCCUUUUACUUCUUAUAAAUAGCUUUGUUUUCAGUAAACUUUUUUAUUGUUCCUCAGUAUGGGGGAACACAUCUAAACGUAACCUACACAAACUGCAGUUGGUACAAAAUUUUGCUGCCAGAGUUGUAUUAGGUUUAAAGAAGUUUGACCAUAUCUCCCAGGGACGGAGAUCUCUUAAAGAUGUUACGGAGAAGGUUCUAUUUAAUGACUUACUUUUAGUAUUCAAAUGUGUAAAUGGCUUAGCUCCAGAUUAUUUAGGUAAAUACUUUAUUAAACGUUCAGCAGUUCACAACAAGAACACAAGGGGAUGUAAUGAUUUUGUAGUCCCCCGAUGUAGACUAUCAAUGGGACAAAGAGCAUUUUAUUUUCGGGGUCCAAAGGAAUGGAAUGGGCUACCUGACAAUAUUAGGAACACUAAAGAUAUUGUUAGUUUUAAGAGGAGACUUUUUAAUAGGAUAUUUCAAACGAAAUAA